CCACCACCACCAGCACCACAAUCACCACCACCAGCUCUCCUCCUCCCCCCCUCGCUUCUCGCCCCCUCCCUUCCACGCCACCGCAUCGGUGGCGACCAUGGCGACAGCUGCCACCGCCUCCUCCUCCUCGCCCUCAACCUCGUCGUCGGCCAACAGCAGCGCCCGGGAUCACCUGCUGGCGGUGCGACGGCGCACCCCUCACGGCCGACCGUACACCAUCGGGCCGGAUAACCUGCGCAGCCUGUCGGUGCAGGGAGAGGUCGGGGGGUCGCCCUCCGCCUCGUCUUCUUCGUCGGGGGGCCAGCCGGAAGCGGCGGCGAUGGGGCUCCAGAGGGCCAAUAGCGACACGGAUCUGGUGACGUCAGACAGCCGCUCGUCACUCACGGCGUCCACGUACCAGCUGACUCUAGGACACAGCCACCUGGUCAUCUCCUGGGACAUCAAAGAGGAAGUGGACGCCACCGACUGGAUCGGCCUGUACAACAUCGAUGAGACGUGUGUGGCCAACGUGUGGGACUCUAAGAACCGUGGCGUGAACGGCACCCAGAGAGGACAGAUCGUGUGGAGACUGGAGACAGAACCCAACUUCAUGGAGCCGGAGACUAAGAUCUGCUUUAAAUACUAUCACGGUGUAAGUGGAGCAUUAAGAGCAACGACACCUUGUAUCACCGUCAAGAACCCUGGAGUACCGGUGGGCAGUGAAGGCCAAGUGGCGGACCAAUCAGGCACUGAGCACUGUCGGACACUAGUCAGCUUCACUCUAUCAGGCAUCCGGGCAUCAGGCCUGAAGAAGGGCAUGUUCUUUAACCCGGACCCCUACCUGAAGAUGUCCAUCCAGCCCGGAAAGAGGAGCGGCCUCCCCAAGUUCACCCACCACGGCCAGGAGAGACGAUCCUCCAUCAUCUCCAACACCACCAACCCUGUGUGGCAUGGCGAGAAGUACACGUUCGUGGCUCUGAUGAGUGACAUGCUGGAGAUCGAGGUGAAAGAUAAGUUCUCCAAGAGCCGACCAAUCAUCAAGCGCUUUCUGGGUCAGCUGAUCAUCCCUGUGCAGAGACUUCUGGAGGGGCCGACAGCUGACGAUCAGCCAAUCAGCUACAGCCUGUGUCGUCGCCUCCCUACGGACCAUGUGAGUGGACAGCUGCUGUUCAGGGUGGACAUCACCUCCACCGGACACGAAGAAGCGUCUCCAGAUACAGGUGGAACUAUUUUGGGUGGCGCUGUGAACGGUGACCCCGGCAGUCCCUCUGAUGAUGAAGACCUCCCUCACCCCUCCUCAUCCUCACGCGUCACAUGCGGCCCCUCACCCACAGGCUCUGACGAGGGCUCCCUGUUAGUCAACGGGGCUUGUUACUACGGCGAUGACAGCGUGUGGCGGGAGCCUGGGCAAGCCGGAGAAGAGUAUCUGGCUCCUCCGGCUGUGGGCGGCCACACACACCGGCAGGUGUCACUCAAUGACUACCUGGAUGCCAUCGAGGCUCCCAGGAGCCCCGGGGACAGACCUCUGGUGGGGCCUUCACCAAAACUGCGCUCCAGCUUUCCAACAGACACUCGGCUCAACGCCAUGCUGCACAUAGACUCAGAUGAGGAUGAUGAGACGGCAGGACAGCAGAGGGACCAAUCGCAGGAGGCGAAGACUCAGCAGACCUCAGACUCAUCAAGAGGGUCUGCCACAUCUGAGUCUCAACAAGGGAACCAGGGUUCUAAUGGAGAGCCACACGGGCCCACUGGAGCUGGAGCCACAGUAGAGGCCGGUUCCUCUGCUGGAGCUGAGCCUGCUGGAGCUGGAGCAGGAGCUGAAGAAGGAGCAGGAGCUGGAGCUGAGCCUGCUGGAGCUGGAGCUGAGCCUGCUGGAGCUGGAGCAGGAGCUGGAGCUGCAGAGAGUACAGCGGGAACAUCAACUUCUGCUGACUCAGCGGCUGUGAGCGUAGAGGCUGCCGGAGCGUCUGCUGAGGCUGCACACGUCAGCGGAGAAGCCUCCACAGCUUCCAGCUCAGCUCAGGCAUCAGGGGCUGAGGCAGCUGCAGCAGCAGGUCCUGGGGAGUCUGUGGGGGAAUGUACCUGCCAGCCACAGAGCAGCUGGAUGGGUGCAAACCAGGAAGUAUCCUGUGGUCCCUCACUCAGCAGUGGCCCACUAUCACCCAUUCAGGAGGUGGAGACGAGAAAAGAAGUGGCACCAAAGGCGGAGGAGGAAGGAGCAGAGUCAUCGAGCAGCGAGGCAAACGGCCCGGUGACAGCGGACGCUCCGACCAGCAGCAACAUAGCAGAUCAAGGAGGAGGGACGUCUGAAGCUGGUGCGACAGCCAGCGGGGGUGAUGGUCCUGAGGAGCAGGAGGGGGAGGUGUGGAGGAGGAGGCGAUCCAUGCAGGCCUCUGGAGGAGGCGCGGUCCAGAACCACGAGGCGUGCGGGUCCAGAGAGAGCGCGAGGGAUCGUGGUGGAGAGGGAGGUGCCACAGCUCAGGUCAAUGGCCACCAGUCUGUUCGCUCCCUGCCAUCUAUCCGCCAUGACAUCAGUCGUUACCAGAGAGUGGAUGAGCAGCUACCACCUAAUUGGGAGGCUCGAAUCGACAGCCACGGUCGGAUCUUUUACGUGGACCACGUGAACAGAACCACAACCUGGCAGCGGCCCACCGCUCCCCCCGCCCCACAGACCCUCCAGAGAUCCAACUCCAUACAGCAGAUGGAGCAGCUGAACCGCAGGUAUCAGAGCAUACGUCGGACGAUAACCAGUGACAGCAGACCAGAGGAGCAGCCAGCCAAUGAGCUGCCGCCAGACGAGACUGACACGCACCCAUCCAUCCCAGAGCUGCGUAGAGACAACAACGUGGCUCAGUCCGGCUCCAGGUCUCGCCUCAGCCUUCUGCUUCAGUCUCCCUGCGCCAGGUUCCUCACCAGCCCCGACUUCUUCACUGUGCUACAUUCCAACCCUAGUGCCUACCGAAUGUUCACCACCAACACGUGUCUGAAGCAUAUGAUCAGCAAGGUUCGUCGGGAUGCUCACCACUUCGAGCGCUACCAGCACAACAGGGACCUGGUGGCCUUCCUCAACAUGUUCUCCAAUAAGCAGCUGGAGCUGCCAAGAGGCUGGGAGAUGAAACACGACCACACCGGCAAGCCUUUCUUUGUGGACCACAACUGCCGAGCCACAACCUUCAUCGACCCCCGGCUGCCUCUCCAGAGCGCUCGGCCCCCAAGCAUCCUGGCCCACCGCCAACACCUGACACGCCAACGCAGCCACAGUGCCGGAGAGGUCAGCCCCCGACGACUGGUGGGUGAAGACCCUCGUCACACCGGCCCACCCGUCCUGCCUCGGCCUUCCAGCACCUUCACCUCUGCCAGCAGGGGGCAGAGCCAAGAUGUUGUGCCAGUGGCUUACAACGACAAGAUUGUGGCGUUUCUACGACAACCAAACAUCUAUGAGAUUUUGCAGGAGAGACAGGCAGACUUCAACCGGAACCAUUCACUCAGGGAGAAGGUGCAGCUGAUCCGCACAGAUGGAGUGUCGGGAUUGGCCAGGCUGUCGGGAGACGCUGACCUUGUCAUGCUGCUAAGUCUGUUUGAAGAUGAAGUAAUGUCAUACGUGCCUCCUCACGCCUUACUUCACCCCAGCUACUGCCAGUCACCUCGGGGAUCCCCCGUCUCCUCCCCGCAGAACUCACCUGGUACUCAGAGAGCUAAUGCCAGAGCUCCAGCACCCUACAAGAGAGACUUUGAGGCCAAACUGCGCAACUUCUACAGAAAGCUGGAAACAAAAGGCUACGGACAAGGACCAGGGAAGCUAAAAUUGAUCAUCCGUCGUGACCAUCUGCUGGAAGAUGCCUUCAACCAGAUCAUGUGCUAUUCCCGUAAAGAUCUGCAGCGCAGCAAGCUCUAUGUCAGCUUUGUCGGGGAGGAGGGGUUGGACUAUAGCGGCCCUUCCAGAGAGUUCUUCUUCUUGGUCUCCAGAGAGCUGUUCAAUCCUUAUUAUGGUCUGUUUGAAUACUCUGCCAACGAUACCUACACUGUCCAGAUCAGCCCAAUGUCCGCCUUCGUAGACAAUCAUCAUGAAUGGUUCCGGUUCAGUGGUCGUAUUCUAGGUCUGGCUCUGAUCCAUCAGUACCUGCUGGACGCUUUCUUCACCAGGCCCUUCUAUAAAGGCCUGCUGCGCAUUCCAUGUGACCUGAGUGACCUGGAGUAUUUAGAUGAGGAGUUUCACCAGUCCCUACAGUGGAUGAAGGACAACGACAUAGAAGACAUGCUGGACCUCACCUUCACCGUCAAUGAGGAGGUCUUUGGACAGAUAACAGAGAGAGAGCUGAAGCCUGGUGGAGCCAACAUCCCUGUGUCAGAGAAGAACAAGAAGGAAUACAUAGAGCGGAUGGUGAAGUGGAGGAUAGAGAGAGGAGUGGUGCAGCAGACUGAAAGCCUGGUCAGAGGCUUCUAUGAGGUGGUGGAUGCCAGGCUGGUGUCGGUGUUUGAUGCCAGGGAGCUGGAGCUGGUGAUCGCUGGCACUGCAGAGAUCGAUUUAUCAGACUGGAGGAACAACACAGAGUACAGAGGAGGUUACCAUGACAACCAUAUAGUGAUCCGGUGGUUCUGGGCAGCUGUGGAGAGGUUCAACAAUGAACAGAGACUUCGGCUCCUGCAGUUUGUGACGGGGACAUCCAGUAUUCCUUACGAGGGCUUUGCUUCUCUUCGAGGCAGCAACGGACCUCGCAGGUUCUGUGUGGAGAAGUGGGGGAAAGUCACUGCGCUGCCCAGAGCUCACACCUGUUUUAACCGGCUGGAUCUGCCACCAUACCCAUCCUUCUCUAUGCUGUAUGAGAAGAUGCUGACUGCUGUGGAGGAGACCAGCACCUUUGGGCUAGAAUGAAACCCUCCAGCCCUCCCCUGGGUUUCCCUCAAGGACUAGCAGUAUCUCUGUGAAGAAAGGCAGCCAUGAUCAAAGCUGGAGGAUGGCUCAAGCACUUGGAUUAAAAGUCUAACAUGUGGUCUUGUAUUUAAAUUAUAAUGAGCUCUAUUUUAUAUCAGAGGCUUUUAAAACCUUGGAACCAGGAAGCUGCACUCUGACAUUUUAAUAUGUCCCAUGUAUAGCGGUAAAGUACUCCGUUUUUUGUUGCACCUGCACAUAUUUCGCACAAACUUAGUCAUACACGCUUUCACCUGUGAGAUGUGACGAAUUUAGACCCACACUGCCUUCUGGACCAGGAUCAAAAGGGCCUGGAUUUGAUCCAUCAGAGACCAGGGUGUUAGGGUUCAACACUAUAGACCAUGUACACAUGAAAGAAGAAGCAACCACUGCCUUCACUGAAAAAACUAAGUGGAUUAAGCCUUUUUUUAAUCUAGUUCUGAUGGACCUUGGAGGAUCUUAAGUCCAGAAUGUACUACUCACUGUAGUACAGCGUCUCUUUGUGGCCUGUUGUUGUAACUGCACCCGUGUAGGUGGUGCAUUUCUCUCUCAAAGCCUUUCCAGGACCGCCUGAAGUAAACUUUUUGGUCAAGUUUGUCGGAUUUUCCACUGAACUUUGCCUGCGGCUGAUUUUGUGAGUCCGGACAGUAGCUUUGGUAUUGUUGCUAUAAGUAUUUUCAUCUACAAGAAAAAAAAGUGCUUUUCUAAUGACGUGGCGGUGACAUGUUGUGAUUUGAAUGUAAGUAAGUUUAUAAUGUAGAUUGUGUGGGAAGGAAUUUUUCUAUCAGAUCUGGCUCAAUUGGCAAAAAACAAAAUUGGCUACCGCUUACUUUAAGUUAAUAUGUAGAUGAGUUACAUGCAACCAUAUCAGUUACUUUGAUUGUAUUUAAAACUAGCUUUUAUUCAGGUCUAAGUUUGUUGAAACUAUUCUACUCUGAAGAGCUGGCAACUGAAAGAAAAUUGUGAAUCCAAAUAUACAAAAUCCAUAAAAUAUCCACCCAGUAGUGGUGGAUCCAGAAGAUUUGACAUGGGGUGGCAGGAGGUGUUGGCAGGGUAUACAUGACAAUUGCAGGUACAUUUCCAAAGCAGAGAGAGAAAAGGGGCCAACACAUAACUUCCAGUCUUUCCUACCUCUCACUCUGCUGGCCUUCUCUUCUUUUGUCCCCCUCUUUUCCAUUUGCUGUCCCGUGGCCAAUCCAGCUACUCUGAUCAGGAGGUCACAGGUGGUUCAGGGUGCAGACUGUAAAAAUGAAAGUGGCUAUAAUCAAUGUUUUUAUAAGAGAUCAAAUCAAACACCAACUCAAAGCUCUAAAAAAAAAAAAAAAGAAAUCUACCACCACCUGCUCAGCACCAGUCACAGUUAGCAACUAGCUGGUGAACAUAUUGGAGCAUUUAGCAGCUAAAGAGACAUAUUCCACUCAGGCGUUACUAGAGAGCAAAACAACUUAAAGAGAGUCAUCUGGUGGACAUUCAUACAACUCAAAAUGAAUAUGUUGCUCUGUGAUUGCUGGAUGUGGAAGUAAGCUCUGCUAAAUUCGCCAGCUUGUUUCUGCUGCCCCCAAAUGGUCAAAAAAUGGUAUUGCAGCAGCUUAUUAAAACACUUAAAUUAUGUUCAUCCAACUCUUUGGUAUUAAUUAGGAUUAGAGAUGGUAUUCAAUAGCAUAUUAUUGGAUUAAAAUCCAGUGUCAAAUCCCUUAUUGAAUGUUAUUAUGUUUACCUUUCAACAAAUCUAAUUAGUGAAAGUCGUCCUCUGAAUUGGGACUAGCGAACAAUGUAACUUUCGGCUAAUGGUAUGAUUAUGCACACGCUCUGAUUAUUGAGCAUCAUCAAUAACGUUCUGUUUCUUGCCUGUAUCAGUGCCCCUAUGCCUCCCUUCUAGAUCCACCCCAGCCACACACACCCAGAUCACAGCUGAAAUAUCACCAAGCUCAAUGCAGCUACUGGUGUCAAACAACACAAAACUGGACAUCUGACUCUCAGAUGCCAUUUUAAAAGACCAAUUCUUCAUGAAAUUGUGGAAAAGGACCUAAUCACCCCGAGACAUCCAGUAAUAUCAACUGGCAUUGAAAUGCCUUCUCAGCAUAUUUGCUGUUCCUCAUUAGAAUACAUUUCCUUAUCUUGUUAUUCACAAUAGAACUAGAAGAUUUUUCAAAAAGAAAGCUCCAAAUGAUUGAGCAUGUUCUCUUCUUUACUUACACUUGUGUUGUUGUACAACUUGUGUAUUUGUAUGGCUGAAGUUCACACACACACACACACACACACACACUGUAUAAACAGUAAAAUCUCUUUCUGACAUGAAGAGUUGAGCUCAAGAGUUCAACUCUGACACCAUUUAAUAGUCCUAGAUUUGCACUUGUCAUAAUUUAAAUAUUGCAUUAAUGAAUUGUAUCAACUUCUUAUUAAUGUUUCUGUUAAUUUAAAUCAGGUUGUCUGUUGGAGUUCAUGAGGUGCUUUCAGACCAGAGGCACUUUUUCAUAGUUCUAAGAACAUUGCAGGAACUACUCUUUUUAUUGUAGUUCUUAGAAUGCUAUUUUUAGGGACUUUUUUAGCUCCUACUUCAGGGCGAGUAGGUACUCUUGGAGCACGAGAGGAACCCUGAGUGACAUAAGGGUACAGUGAUUGGUUCAGAUGUAAGUGUACAGUGAUUGGUCAAAUACAUGAGCCAAUAGAGAACUGGCAACCAUCCUUUUUAAUAUUUUUAACACUAGCCUUUUUUUCACAUGUUCCUUUUAUUGAGAAAUCCAACAGUGACAAUUGUAAUCCUUGAAUGGUCAAUUGAUAAUAUGACUGUACACUAAGCUCCUCCCUUUGACAUUAUGUCCAGCCCUGCUACACUAGGGGACUAAGGGACUAAAUCAGACAUAUUUAUUAUUAUUAUUAUUAGCAUGCAUUUUCAGCUUCUUACAAUUCAUGAUAGAUGUUUAUACAUACAUAAUACAAAACCACCACCUUCCAUGUUUUUCAAACUUCACAUUUUCAUUUAACGCAAUCAGACUCCAAAUUCAUCCAAACUUCCUGUGUACUCUUAAUAUUAGCCUUUAUAUUAGAACCAAACUCAUCUCCUCUCCAACUCCGUUAUGAACAUGGAAACCAUGACACACAGCUUCCAUCACAGUGUCCUCCAUAUUGUUUAAUGCAGAAAUAAUGUCGGUUUACCAAUUGCUGGAUUGUAUCACUUGGGUUCCUAUUAACGGUGCAAAUGCAAACAGAAAAAAAGCCCUUGAAGGUAUGUAGUUCUCAAAGAGUCCCCAUAACUAAACUGGUCUGAAAGCACUUAUUGAGAACUGAAAGCAGGCACAGAGUCAACAGUUAAACCCCAUACAGCUCUUGUAAUAGAAAAGCAUGAACGUUUUGUAUAAAACCAAUUUUCAAGGAGCUUGCAGUCAAUCUUUUUCUCUUUCAUGCAUCGAGACAGUUACCGUCCUCUUCACUCAUAUUCCCCUGCACUAUGAAUGUAAGCACGCCUUGUACUGCCACAUGGAACUACAGCUGUCCGCGUUAAGGAUUACACCACUCAAAAGUCAACUGGGUCCUGAGCUAAACCUUUCUCAAGGCCUCAUGUAUGGAAGCCCAUUUACGCCAAGAAAAAGGAAAAGAAUGGAUAAAUAUUAGGCAUGAUAAAAGUACAAACUCUCUUGGUAAAUCUAAAUCUUGACAUACUAGGAUAAAACUAUGGUGAAAUAUGAAGUCUUAGUUAUGAAGGUAAAUCAAAACUCAAUUCUAAAUCAGUAUUUUGAAUUAGUGUGUCAAAAUAUUUCCGUAGUAUAUUAUCUAUCUGACCUAGUAAAAAAAUCCUACCUUUUUUACAUUUUCAACGUAUCUCAUCUCUUAGGAAGUCCUGAAUUUUCAAUGAUUUUUUUGGGCUGAAUUUGACAUUUCAAAAACUUUUAUUUAUUUAGAUCAUGCAUAACAUUUCAUCUAUUUUUUCUGGAUUGUAAUGGGCUUCCACAUAACCAAAGUUACUACAGAUGAGGACUUUUUUGUGAGUAUGCCAUAAAAAAUAAAUAAAAAUGUGCAAAGUCAGGGUACAUUUUAAAUGUUGAAACUGAUUUUGAUAAAGUCCUGGAGCUACAGUUUCCCUUAUUUAUGCUAUUAGAUAAUGGAAGAAUGAAUACAAACGAGCAUUUCUCCUGCUUGAAGUUUUGUUAACUUUCUUUAAAUUUAAUUACAUUUAAAUGUUCACAUUAAAUUUGGAUCAAAUUCCACUCUCGUAUUAAAAGUGUUUAUAUUUUCCCCUCACUGAAUGCAUGCCCUCUGUCUGUCUGACCAGAUUGUACCAAAGUUCUGAGCCUGAAGCGGCCGCCUCACUUCUAACAACCCAACACUAUUUCUUGUACAGUCCACAUCAAUUUUAAAUAUGAAUGUUUGCAGCACUUCUCUCCUAAAAUAAAAUUUACUCUCUCUAUGCAAGCUUUUAUUUCUUCUUUUCAUUUCACUUUGACUGUAAUUCAACAAA